AUGUCCCCUUCGCUGGUCACCGGCGGAACCGGGUAUAUCGCCCUGUAUGUGAUCAAGCUGCUUCUCGAGCAGGGCCACCACGUCCACACCACCGUCCGAAGUGUCAGGAACUCCGCCAAAUGCAAGCCCCUUCUCGAUCUGCAGGCCAAGCAUCCGGGGAAACUGUCGCUUUUUGAAGCCGAUCUUCUGAAAGAUGGGUCCUUCCGCGAGGCAAUGGAGGGCUGCACGGUCGUCUACCACAUUGCCUCGCCAUUCCUCACCCCCUCCCAAAUUAAAGAUGGUCUGAAGGAAUGCGUGGAGCCGGCCUUAUGGGGUACGAGGAACGUGCUUGAAUCGGUUAAUCAGUGUCCGAGCGUUCGACGCGUCGUCCUGACCUCCUCCAUGGCCGCCAUGUACGGCGACAGCAUCGAAGUCGUCCAAUCCAACACUGGCAUCCUCUCCGAAACCUGCUGGAACGAAUCCUCCAGCAUCACCAACAACCCAUACUUCUACUCCAAAGUCGUCGCGGAACGCGAGGCGUGGAAGAUCAACGAAGCCCAGAUCCGCUGGGACCUCGUCGUCGUCAACCCCGGAUUGGUCCUCGGUCCAUCGCUAACGGCUGAGUCGGUAUCCGGCAGUCUCUUCAUGCUGGAGAAUCUGUAUCGCGGCCACGACGCCAUGGGAUGUCCUGGGUUUUAUUUUCUGCUGGUGGAUGUGCGGGACGUUGCGGAGGCACAUCUCCGCGCAGGCACGAGCUCGACCGCCAAGGGACGCUAUCUCAUUACCAAUGGCGACAAUCUUAGUCUGCUGCAGAUGGCGGCCUUGGUGAGGCCGUUCCAUCACAAUCCUAAGGUGCUGCCUCGGCGGUCUCUUCCCAAGAUUCUUGUUUAUGCGGCCGCGCCGUUUGUGGGUGUUUCGAUGAAGUUCGUGGCUAGGAAUGCUGGUAUUUGUUUCCAGGCAGAUAAUGGUAAGAGUGUCAGGGAGCUGGGGAUGUCGUAUCGUUCGACGGAGGAGAUGUUGAGGGAUCAUUAUGAGGAGUGGCUCCAGAAUAGGGGCGGCAAGUAA